AUGGUAAAAUUGGGCAAAAGCUCACUGACUAAACAGGAUCUGAUCGGCGUCAUCAAGCCGGCGAUGGAAGCCGGCGCGGACGCCGAAGCGAUUGCAGAUAUGGUUGCGGAACGCAUUUCGGACGUCGUUGAUUUGGACGACGCGGCCACGUUGCUGGCCGAGGCCCUUGGCGCUGAACAGCCCUCCGAGGACGAAGGGGUCGUUAUCUACGACGAAUUACCGCUCGGCCUAAUUGAUUUGCCCAGUGCGAGCCGGAAGUACGGUAUCGCGGUCAGCACCAUUAGGAAUUGGGUCAAUAGGGGGCACCUUCACAAGAAGGGUUUGCGGAAAGCUCCAGCUCAAGGCGGCGGUUACAUAGCAGUGGAUGAAAGGGCUCUGCAGAGCCAUAUUGCAAACCGGAAGAUUUUGACCAACGCGGACAUAACACCCUGGCUCAACGCCAUUCACCAAGGCGACAUCCUGGAGUUGCUGCCGGAGUUGCCCGACGCAUCGGUCGACCUGGUCGUUGCGUCCCCGCCCUAUAACCUGCUGAACAGCACGGGCAACGGCUCCCGUUGCUGGGACGGCUACGACGGGCACAGCGACGACAUGCCCCGCCACGCGUACGUCGAGUGGCAGCGCUUGUGCCUUUCCCAGAUGCUCCGGGUGUUGAAGCCGGACGGCGCCAUCUUCUACAACCACAUGCAUCGGGUCCAGAAUGGCCUGAUCGUCCGCAACGACGACAUCCUGCAGGACUUUCCGCUGCGGCAGGUGAUCAUCUGGCACCGCUCUGGGGGAACCAAUUUUAACCGGCACUACUUCCUGCCUGACUAUGAGGUGGUCUACCUCAUCACCAAGCCUGGGUUCCGGCUGCUGAACGGCCACACCGACGGAAGCGUGUGGAGGAUCCACCAGGAGCAACAUUCCUGGAUACCCGAGAUCCCGACUUUCCCGGUGGACCUGCCCCGGCGGGCGAUACGCGCUACCUCGGCGAAGGUCGUCUUGGACCCGUUCACGGGCAGCGGCACCACGGCGGUUGCUGCGGUGCUCGAGGGCCGGUCCUACAUCGGCAUCGAACAGAGCGCCCGGUACUGCGCGAUCGCCAGGGAACGACUCGCCGGUCUGGAUCGCCACCAACGGCACGCCCUCAUUACCAAUGCCGCCUCGGCCGUUAUUCGACGUAUCGGACCUGCCCUGUCGUGGGAGCUCCCGGUCGGUUUUCCGGUACAUCAGCGAUGCGGUGACCAACAAUGGAUCCAUGCCGGAGGUUAUUGA